UCUACUCGCUAAAAAGAGAGAACUUCAAGAGACAGAUCUACAGAUCUACAGAAGCUAAAGGCUUAGAGAUAACAAGAAAACCUGAAACUCAACGAGAUCAACUUGAUCAGAGAAAUAUUUUGCAACUCUACUUGACAAGAAAAUCUUGUUCAACAUUUUAUAAAAAUACAGAAAAGAUGUCUGCUGGAAUGAAAAACCUGAAAUUAACUUAUUUCAUCUUUCUCACCCUGUUUUGCUGGGUGUCUGCUCAGGAGUGCAGUGGCGAGUGCAAGUGCCCUGAUAUGCCCCCUGAAUGCCCUGCUGGUGUGAGCUUGGUCAUGGAUAGUUGUAGAUGCUGCAAGGUGUGUGCUAAACAGAUCGGGGAGCUCUGCACUGAGAACGACACCUGUGACCAUCACAAAGGGCUUUUCUGUGACUUUGGAUCCCCUGUGACCCGCAGAAUUGGAGUUUGCACAGCCAAGGAAGGUUCUCCCUGUAUCUUUGGAGGCAUGGUGUACAGGAGUGGAGAGAGCUUCCAGAGCAGCUGUAAAUAUCAGUGCACCUGUCUAGAUGGGGGCAUUGGCUGUGUGCCCCUCUGCAGCAUAGAUAUCCGCCUUCCAAGCCCAGACUGCCCCAUGCCACGACGAGUCAAGGUCCCAGGAAAAUGCUGUGAGGAGUGGGUGUGUGAUCAUCCAAGACAACAAACCAUGGUCGGCCCUGCCCUGGCUGCUUACAGAGAAGAAGCCACCUAUGGUCCUGACCCUUCCAUGAUGCGUGCCAACUGCCUGGUUCAGACCACUGAAUGGAGUGCUUGCUCCAAGACUUGCGGCAUGGGAAUCUCCACCAGAGUUACCAAUGACAACAGGCAAUGCAGGCUGGAGAAGCAAACCAGGUUGUGUCUGGUCAGACCAUGCGAGUCACAGAUGGAGGAGAGUAUUAAGAAAGGAAAGAAGUGUAUCCGCACUCCCAGGAUCUCCAAGCCCAUGAAAUUUGAGUUUUCCGGCUGCACCACUACUAAAACCUACAGGCCCAAGUUCUGUGGGGUUUGCACUGAUGGCCGCUGCUGCACUCCUCACAGAACAGCCACCCUUCCCGUGGAGUUCAAGUGCCCCGAUGGCGAGGUGAUGAAGAAGAAGAUGAUGUUCAUCAAGUCCUGCGCCUGCCACUACAACUGCCCUGGGGAGAACGACAUCUUCCAGUCCAUGUACUACAAAAAAAUGCUUGGAGACAUGGCUUAAAAAACACAAAAACAAAAUACCAUUGACUGUUAACUUGAAUUGAACAGAUAACCAUCUCAUUUGUAGAGAUAACAAAAUAGCACAACAUAUUAUGCGUUUCUUUGUUUUUAGAAAUGUGUAUACAUAUAUAUUGUUUCGACAUAUGUCUGAGGCCAGUUGCCUUAUAGACAUUUGCCCCUGAGUGGGUUUGAAAAACAGUGACACAAACACACAAAAAAAAUGCUGCACUAUAGUCCAAUACUACCAGGAGGUGGUUGCAAAUUGGCAGAUGCCACCAAACUGAGGUGAGGUGUCCCACUGACUUGGCAGUUUUGAAACUCAUAGCACUUUUGGUUAAGAAGGAUGAAGACUUCAAUCCAACUGAACCUUGAUCCUCUUGCCAGUUGUGUGCUCUUAUUUUUUGUUUGUUGUUACAGAACUCUGUCAGUAUUGAUGACAGGUUACAUUUUCAGCAUUUGUCUGAAAAAAAAAAACAUUCCACCAAGACAAGGUGCUCUGUGAAUGUGUUAUAAUGUUUGAUACAGCACUGAAAAAAGCAUUGAAAAAAAACCCAUUGAAUUUAACUUUCUGUUUCAGAAUGCUGUAAAACAGUUGUGUCAUAAAAAGACUGGAUGACCUGUUGGAGUUUCUUUCCUUCAACUGUAAUAGUAUUGUAAAUAUUGUACAUCUUUUGUACAGUUGUUUAUGUUAAUUUAAAGUUAUGUGCCUUUUUUUUGUUUACUGCUUUGAUACUUUUAUUGAUAGCUUGUUUGUUAAAGUGACUGUUUAUUCAACAGUUUGUGUAAUGUCUUUCGAGAAGUGUGACCAGAAGUGUGUUACAUGUUUGCACUUUUCUAGUUUGGAAUAAAGUAUUAUAUAUUUUUAUAUAAAUAA